AUGAGAACCUGGAAUAACACAAACGUGCCCUCUUUCAUUCUAAUGGGGCUGACAGAUUCUAGAGAGAUCCAGCUGGCCCUCUCCCUGCUGUUUCUAUUGAUCUACCUGAUUACUGUGCUGGGCAACCUAGGCAUGAUCAUGUUGAUUUGUCUAGAUCUCCAGCUUCACACGCCCAUGUAUUUUUUUCUCACUCACCUCUCAUUCAUUGACCUCAGCUACUCAAGUGUCAUCACCCCUAAAACUUUAGCAAGCUUGUUGACUUCUACCAAGAACAUUUCCUUCACUGGAUGCUUCACCCAGCUCUACCUUUUCAUCCUGUUUGGUGGUGCUGAAUGUUUUCUCCUCUCUGCAAUGGCCUAUGAUCGCUAUGUGGCCAUCUGCAAUCCUCUGCAGUAUCCUGUUAUAAUGUCCUCAAGAUUCUGCUGUGCCCUUGUUACUGGGACUUACAUGAUUGGCUUAGUGGAUUGUUCUUUCAGUGUGCUCUCCAUAGUCAGAUUGCCUUUCUGCAGCUCCAAUGUAAUUCAUCACUUUUUCUGCGAUGUAUCUCCAAUUUUAGCUCUAUCCUGUAAAAAUACAUUUGUUGCUGAAACUGUAAUAUACAUUUGUGCUGGUUCUACCCUAUUGCUGUCCCUUAUUACAAUAUCCAUGUCCUAUGUGUCUAUUCUGUCUACUAUUCUAAAAAUUAAGUCCACUUCAGGAAAGCAGAAAGCCUUCUCCACCUGUGCCUCCCACCUCCUGGGGGUCACCAUUUUCUAUGGCACUAUGAUCUUUACUUAUUUAAAACCCAAGAAGUCUUACUCCCUGGGCAAGGAUCAAGUGGCUUCUGUGUUUUACACGAUUGUGAUCCCCAUGCUCAACCCACUCAUUUAUAGUCUUAGAAACAAGGAAGUGAAGAAUGCUUUCAUUAGAGUUGUGCAGAAGAGAGGGGGCUCCAAGCAACUAAGAUGA